AUGGCCAAAUCUGACUCGGCUGCAGUUGUUCAACGAAAAUUAAGGGCCGAGUUUGGAAUAAAUACACCAGGCUUAACAUGUAUUAAAGAUACAUUUGAACGGUUUUGUGAAACCGGUACAGUGGAAGAUCAAGAACGGGAUGCUCUGAAAGAUAAACCACAAUCCAGUGUUCUAUUUGUUGCAACAGACUGUUCUAUUACACCAACAACAACACAUCGAAUCAUGACUGAAUAUCUAGCAUUAAAGCCUUAUAAGGCGCAGUUUGUACAACAACUUUAUGAAGAAGAUCUACAAGAUAGGGUUGAAAUGUGUAAAACCUUAAUACCGAUGUUAGAAGAUAGUCAUAUGCAGGAAAAUUUAUUCUUUUCGGAUGAAGCAACAUUUUAUGUGGGUGGACUAGAUAGCAAACCCAACAUCAGAUAUUGGUUUGAAACUAGUCCACAUGUUACCAUCGAAACCGUUAUGAACUCACCUAAACUCAAUGUUUGGUGUGCUAUGUCAAAAAAUAAAUUGUUAGGCUAUAUUUCUUUGAAGAUGAUACUAAAAUUACACAAGCUUCGUUCAGCUAUAUUUCAACAGGAUGGAGCUUCUCCUCAUUUCUCUAUUGAUGCACGACGUUAUUUGGAUGAUCAUUUUCCUGGAAGGUGGAUUGUCAGAGGUGGUUCAAUUCGAUGGGCUCUACGGUCACCUGAUUUAACACCACUUGACUUUUUUCUGUUGGGGCAUAUAAAGAACAAUAUCUACAACACUCCUAUCAAAGAUAUAGCUGAAUUAUAA